CUCCUGGAACCUCGCCCGAGGUCCAACCUGGCCCAGUUGUCGAGGCGGAUCCAGCGGUGGCGAAGAGAAGCUUCCGGGAGGCCCCAAGAGUAGCCCCCCAACACCAGGGAGGGCCGCCGCUGUCUCGAUUUGGCAGUCCUCCGAGAGGAGGCUGGCCUUCCAGGCGGCGCCCUGGGGGGGCCCGGGGCUCGCGGUCCUUCAAUGUCAGCCACGCGCAGAGGGGGGUGCGGGGAGGGGGGAGGGCUUAGAAGCACCCCUGCUUCUUAGAAGGCGCGGGCCUUAUGUGUAAAUGGAAGGCCGGCGCCUUCUGAGAAGCAGCCUGCUUCUAAGAAGCCCUCCCUCCUCCCUCCACCCCCUUGUGCGCGCCGCCACACUUGUUCGUGCCGAGACAGGCUGCCUGGGCGUGGUGGACGGGCUCUUCGAGAAGUGCCGCGGCGACCUGCGCGGCUGCGUGUCGUCGCAGGACGACCGCGGCGAGGUCUUCCAGGUCCCCUGGCAGCUGCCGGUAGAGGGGCUCAAGGCGGGCGCCGCCGCCGACAAGAUCGCUGCGCUCAGGCAGGUGCGGGAGGGGGCGGUGCUAGCCGGGGGCCGCGUGGUGAAGCAGGAGGACCGCUACCUGCGCGUGGAGUUCCCCGUGGAGGUCCCGCUCCUGGGCCCCGACGUCGACGACGCGGAGUGGUACUUCCCGCUCGACGACGGCAUCGUCCACUUCCGCGCCGAGCGGCGUUCCGGGCGCGCCGACUUCGGGGAGAACGCGCGGCGGUUGGAGGGCAUCCGCGAGCAGCUGGGCUGGGACCCGCUACCGGUGGUCAGGAACAGGCGGCGCGCCCUGGUGUUCAUGGAGUCGCCCCUUGACGACCUUGGGCCCUCGCUCUUCGAUGCGCUAAGGUGGGACCGAGACCCGCAGCCCUACGAGGAGGAGGUUCUGAAGAUGCAGCAGGAUCCCACGAGGCGGAAGCAGAUCUUCAAUGGCUUCAUGGCGAACGGCGGGCACCGGCGGGGAGACGACCUUGGGUACGAGAACGCGGACGGUCAGCUGGAUGCCGCGACGCGCGAGUACCUGCGCAAGAAGUGCGACCGCAACACGCAGCUCUGCUAGUGCCGCGCUCCGGCGGGGGAGGGCGAGGGAUAGGGAGUGCGAGUAGCUUCCUUGUCCUCAUGUCUCUCUUCCUGCGUAGGAGGAUACAUCACGGCGCCUCCUCUGGGUGGCGACCCCCCCGCGGCGCUGCCCGGGCUGGGCAAAGGCAGGCCGCGCCCCGCCCUCCUGCGCGCCUCGGGGCGCCGCCGCCGCCGCGGCCGCGCGAGCCGCUGGCGACGAGAAAGGGCCGCGGGCGGAGCGGGCAUCAGGCCCCCGACGCAUUUUGCGUCGCACCCUGCCUGGCCCCAGCUGCGACCGCUUCGACUGCCCCUGCGCUCUUCCGCUCGCGAGGCGACCUCCGCGGUCUCCCGGCGUCUCGCGGGGCUCGCUGGUCCAUGGGCCGAGCGGCGCGCAUGGCCUCCUCGAGGGGCCGCGACUUUCUCGCUCUGCCCCUCCUGGCUGUUGUCGAUGGGAG